AUGAAGAAAAAUUCCAAAUAUCCUCAUGCUAUUCAAGUGGAUAUUUGUGGCUUGGUUAUUUUCUAUUCAGUAUUUGUAAAUGUUAUUUUUAAACAGAAACGGAGACUUCUUGAAGAACUUGAGGACACAUGGCUUCCUUAUCUGACUCCCAGAGAUGAUGAAUUCUGUCAACAAUGGCAGCUGAAAUACCCUAAACUUGUUCUUCGACAAGCUGACAGUGUCCCCAAGGAGCUGCAUAAAGAAGUUCAAGAAGCUUUUCUCAUAUUGCGCAAGCAUGGCUGCUUGUUUCGAGACCUGGUAAGGGUCCAAGGCAAAGAUGUGCUCACUCCAGUAUCUCGUAUCCUCAUUGGUAAUCCAGGCUGUACCUACAAGUACCUCAACACCAGACUCUUCACGGUGCCCUGGCCAGUGAAGGGUUCCACCAUAAAAUAUACUGAGGAUGAAAUAGGUACUGCUUGUCAAGCCUUCCUCAAGCUCAAUGACUAUCUGCAGAUUGAGACCAUCCAGGCUUUGGAAGAACUUGCUGCCAAAGAGAAAUCUAACGAUGAGGCCUUACCAGUGUAUAUCGCUCCAGAUUUCCCUAGACUUGGUAUUGAGACGUCUUUUGAUGGUCAAGAUGAAGUGGACAUUAAAAGCAGAGCAGCAUACAACGUGACUUUGUUGAAUUUCAUGGAUCCCCAGAAAAUGUCAUACCUGAAAGAGGAACCUUAUUUUGGGAUGGGGAAGAUGGCGGUGAGCUGGCAUCAUGACGAGAAUCUGGUGGAGAGGUCGUCAGUUGCUGUAUACAAUUAUAAUUGUGAAGGCCCUGAAGAGGAAAAAGAAGAUGGCCCCCAGCUCGAAGGACGAGAUCCUGACACUUGGCAUGUGGGUUUUAAGAUUUCAUGGGACAUCGAGACACCUGGUUUGACAAUACCUCUUCACCAAGGAGACUGCUACUUCAUGCUUGAUGAUCUCAAUGCUACUCACCAACACUGUGUUUUGGCUGGUUCACAACCUCGAUUUAGUUCUACCCACCGAGUGGCAGAGUGCUCCACCGGAACCUUGGAUUAUAUCUUCCAGCGAUGCCAGCUGGCUCUGAAGAACGUCCGUGAUGAGGUGGAUGAUGGCAAUGUCUCUUUGAAAUCCUUGGCACCUGCGAUUUUGAAACUAGGAGAAGAAAUCCACAAUGAGGUAGAGUUUGAGUGGCUGAGACAGUUUUCGUUUCAAGGCAGUCGAUACAACAGAUGCACUGAUUGGUGGUGUCAACCCAUGGCUGAGCUGGAAAGAAUGUGGAAGAAGAUGGAAGAUGCGACAAAUGCUGUGCUUCGUGAAGUCAGAAGAGAGGAACUCCCGGUGAAACAAAGAAAUGAAAUGCUGACUGCCAUCCUGGCCUCCCUCACCGCACGGCAGAACCUGAGAGCGGAGUGGCAAGCCAGGUGCCAGUCCCGAGUUGCCCGAACUUUAUCUGUGGAUCAGAAACCAGAAUGUCAUCCAUACUGGGAAGAAGAUGACCCUUCGAUGCCUCUGCCGUUUGAUCUCACAGACAUCAUUUCAGAACUCAACGGUCAGCUUCUGGGAGCAAAACCCUAA